CUCUUUUUCUUCUGCUCCCCUCCAGCCCCCCCGAGCCCUCCAGCCACCGACUCAUUUCUUGAGAAAAUUGGUGACCAAGCUUGGGAUUUCUUCUUCUUUUCUUGUUAAAUCACAAGAUUUGGGGCUUAGAAUUCUCUCCCUCAACCCAGAAAAUCCCGGAUUUGCACUGUUUUCUUCUUCUUGUCCGCCGGCUGCUGUGGGUGUGAGAUUUUUGGGCUUUUUCUCGUAAGAUUUAGCCAUGAAUCCCUCUCUUUAACCUUGAUUUAGGCUGGGUUUACCUUGAAUUGUGCUUUGGUUUUUGGAUUUGGUAGCCGCGAGCUCCCCUGCAGAAUUUCCGUUGGCCUUCCCUCAAACCCGCCAGUCCGACUUUGCUUGCUGGAUUUCUGGUAUGUUGACAGCCCCAUUAAGUCCGAAAUUACCCACUUAAUUGUUGGGUUUUGUCCAUUUAGUUGAUGCUCUGUGAUUGUCCGAAAAUUUUGUGGAAAUAGGAAGAAAUUCGGCAGCCAUUUAAGAAAAUCCCGUGUGUGAGUGGUUUUGCCAAGCCAUUUCUCCAUUUUUCUAUCCCGGGAGUUGGUAGCUUUAAGUGGGUUUUUGUUUAAUUUAAGUGUAAAUUAGCUUGAAUUGGGUUGUUGUGAUUUUGGAGAAAAAUCCCGUGAGAUUAGCUAUGGUUUUGCAAAUUUGGAAGUUGAAGUUACUGUUCACGGUACUGUUCACGGGCACUGUUCACACACCGAAGGUCAACGAUUAACGGGGAUUUAAAUGUUUAGUUUGUAAUAUAAGAAUAAAUUUGGAGAUGCCUGGUUACAUGGAGAUUGAUAGAAAUAGGACUGUGAUUAGGGGUAGUGCUAAUGAUGAUUUCACUGUGAAUUUGUGAUAGUGUGGUAUUAAUUCUUGAAUAUUGUGAUUAGGUUUUGAUCAUUCUGUCACCGUAGCACUGAGAUCGAGUUUUUGGUUUUAUGCGAGUGAGACCCGUCCCGCCCGUUGAACUCUUGCGACCCGCUGCAACCCGCCAGGCUGAAAUUUUCAUCAUCUUCUCGUUCGUCGAUUCUCCGCCGAUCGUCCGCCGAUCGUCCGCCGAUCAUUCGCCGACCGUCCGCCGAUCGUCUCUUCCACCGAUCUUCUCGUCCGCCGAUCUUCUUGUCCGCCGAUGGUCCACCGAUCUUUUCUUCCGCGAUCGUUCGCCGAUCUUCUCCACCGCCAAUCGUCCGCCGAUCUUCUUUUCCGCCGAGCGUCCGCCGAUCUUCUUUUCCGCCGACCGUCCACCGAUCCUCUCCUCCGCCGCUGCACUUCUUCUCUUUCGCCGAUCAUCUUCAUCUCCCUCGUCUGUUCUGCUCAAAACGAUCUAUAUCGUUUUCGGGUGAAACCGUGAAGGAAACGAAACCGAGGAUGGGGAAACCAAGGGGAGUGACGAGUUAGAAGGCUAGCCACUUGUAAUUUGAUACGGAUUUUAGAUAUAGAUCAUGAUCUUGUAAACUAGAGUUUAAUUGGAGAUUUUAUAAAUUCAUUUAAUGAAUUGUUAGUUCAUAA